UGUUUAUCCAAGUUUUCAUUUUGGAUUAUUUAAAAAAAAAUUGAAUUCACAAUAAUAACAAAAAUAUACAUAAAUUAUGGAAAGAUACAAAGUAGUAUUAUAUGGAUCACAUAAUACUAUACGAGAGUUGUUGAAAAAAGCAUGUUAUCAAGAUUGUGAUGAUUACUAUUUAGAAGAUGAUUCGCAUUCUAAGAGCAUCGUUAAUAGUGAUAAAUCUUGCACGUUUGAUUUAUUUAAUACAAACUGUAUUGCUGGGGGACCAAUUGAAAAACAUCGAGAUUUUGAUGAUAACUGGCUUAAACAAGCAGAUGGAUUUCUUAUUAUUUAUUCAGUGGCCGAUAGUUCAUCAUUUCUAAGUUUGGAAAGAUAUUAUGAUCGAAUUGUUAGAGCAAGAACUGAUAUAGACGAAAAAGGCGAAAAAAAGCCUGUAUUACUAGUUGCUUGUGACUGUAGCGACAUAUAUCGAGAAAUCACGCGUGAAGAUGGCUUCUUAUUAGCAAGAAAGCUAGGGUGCAAAUUUGUACAAAUAGAUGUUGAAGAUAACGUAAAGAUAGAUAAACUUUUUUAUGAUCUUUACGAUCGUAUCAAUAUGAAAACUGAUCAAACGCCGAAUAUAAAAAAAACCAAGAAAAUAGAUAAAUUUCUAAAAAUAUUUAGAUUUAAAUAAAUAUCGACUUUUAAGAU